AUGGGUGUCACAAUUGUUCUGGGUAGUCAGUGGGGUGAUGAAGGAAAGGGGAAGAUUACCGAUAUGCUUGCGCAGCAGGCUACACUUUGCUGCCGUGCCGCUGGCGGCCACAAUGCCGGUCACACCAUUGUUCACGGUGACAAGACCUACGACUUCCACAUCCUUCCCUCCGGUCUCGUCUCCCCCUCCUGUGUCAACCUGAUUGGCGCCGGUACCGUGGUGCACGUCCCUAGUUUCUUCAAGGAGUUGGCUUCUCUGGAGGACAAGGGUCUGGAGGGCGCUGGAAAGCGCAUCUUCAUCUCCGACCGUGCUCACGUUUGCUUCGACCUUCACUCCGUCGUGGAUGGCCUGGAAGAGGCCAAGCUGGGCGGUCGCAAGGUCGGUACUACCGGCAAGGGUAUCGGGCCCUGCUACAGUGACAAGGCCGCUCGUCGCGGUGUCCGUGUUGGUGAGAUUCUCGAUGAGGCUCUCUUCGAGCGUAAACUGCGCUCUUUGGACGCCGGUUACCGCGCUAGAUUCGGCGAGCUGGAGUACAACGUUGAGGAGGAACUUGCUCGUUUCAAGGAAUACCGUAAACGCUUGGGCCCUUACAUCGUCGACCAAUUGGCCUUCCUUCAGAAGUACAAGGACGCCCCCAACACCCUCGUCGAGGGCGCCAACGCUCUCAUGCUGGACCUGGACCACGGCACUUACCCCUUCGUGACCUCCUCGUCCACCGGUUUGGGCGGUGCCGUCCAGGCCCUCUCCCUCAACCCCACCAGCAUCAGCUCCAUCAUCGGUGUCGUUAAGGCCUACACUACCCGUGUCGGCUCGGGUCCUUUCCCCAGUGAGCAGCUGAACGACGCUGGCGACAAGCUGCAGGGCGUGGGUAAGGAGUUCGGUGUCACCACCGGCCGCAGACGUCGUUGCGGUUGGUUCGACAUGGUCCUGUGCCGCUACUCCCAGGCUAUCAACCACUACACGGCCCUUAACCUGACCAAGCUGGACGUGCUCGAUGACUUUGACGAGAUCAAGGUCGGUGUCGCUUACAUUCUGCCCGACGGCACCCGCACGGAGAACACGAUGCCGGCCGAUCCGGAAGUCCUGGAGAAGGUCCAGGUCGAGUAUGUUACCCUCCCCGGCUGGAAGAGUAACACCAUGGGUGUCAAGAAGUACGAGGACCUGCCUGCCAAUGCUCGCGCGUAUAUUGAGUACAUUGAGCGCGGGUUGGGUGGUGUUCCGGUCAAGUGGAUCGGUACUGGUCCUGCUCGUGACCACAUGAUCUGCCGCGAGUAA